CGUGCGUAUGUGGGGAUCGCGUGGGGAUCGCCUUGCUGCCUUGUUUCGGUUCAGUUUGAGGUUAGGGAUCGGAUCUGAUAUUGUUUUAAAACUUGGAAAAGUUGGAAUCUGGCGUGAUAAGCAGAAAUCAAGUCGUUUGCAACUCCCGCUAUCGUUACCGGUGUACAGUGUUCUUGUAGAACCGCUACCCUAAAGCAGUGCGAUUCUUUAUCAAAGUGGUGUAUAGUCACUGUUCGGAACGUAGAUCUGAGAACUUGAUGAGGCUGUUUCCUGUACGUUUCUCCAAUAUCAACAAAAUGUUGGACUUUUACUCCCAAUUUAAUCCUUCGCCACUCAGCAUAAAGCGAUUUAUAGAUUUCGCAAUACUUUUUGGGGAUAUACCGCAAACAGGCGACAAAUUGGAAGUAUAGAUCCGUUGUGCGAUCCCCACCUGGUCGUCAGAGAUGCACGUUUUUUAUGUGAUCAAUAUUAUCUUAAUAGUCCUGAGCUACAAGUCAUAGAGCACAAUGUGUGCAGCUUUUUCCCGACAAUGCGUUUGAAAAGACCGUGGAGAGUUCUGCGUUUCCUGCCGGGCAAAUUCGUUCCGAGGUGAUUAUUAAUACGGAAAAUAUCAAAAAUUUCAUGGACUUCGUGAUAAAGACAAAGAGCUAAGAGCAAAUAUACAGCUUCUUAUUCUGCGUUUUUCUCAACAUUUCAUCCAACAUGGAAAAUAAGCUGCGUUACGUUGGAAGCUCAUCUCUGCACGAGAAAUUGUCAAUAAAGAUUGGAACUCUUGAAGGAGAAAAUGUGGGAUAUUCGUACGAAAAAUUAAUCGCCCAACCACUUCUCAAGUUUUCCGGGAUGCACACUGAAAAAGUUCCGGCAUUUAAGGUGAAAAUACAGAUUUUCGACAAUGGUGCACCUGUUGGGUUGUCCGUCUGUACUUCACAUAAGCAAUUCACUACCCGAUGGAGCUGGAACGAAUGGGUAUCUUUACCACUUCGAUUUACGGAUAUCUCUAGAUCGGCUGUACUCAGUUUCACAGUUUUUGACUGCGCAGGAGGUCGUGAACAGGCGACUGUCGUCGGAGGAACCACAAUUUCUUUUUUUAAUACAAAUGGGUUAUUUCGCCAAGGGCUGUAUGAUCUUAAGGUGUGGCCACAAAUGAAAUCCACAGAAUCUAGAAGUUUGCCAGGUAAUUCCUUGAUUAACGGAGUCAGCCAAAUGCAACGCCUCUCAAAAUUAGCCAAGGAGCAUAGAAACGGUGAAAUGAAUAAGGUAGAUUGGUUGGACAGACUAACGUUCCGUGAACUAGAGGUCAUAAAUGAAAUGGAGAAAAGAAACUCACAGUUUCUCUACCUCAUGGUCGAAUUUCCGCAACUUUUCAUCGGUGAAAACCAGUACUCUGUAAUACAUCUUGAGAUGAACGUGCAAUCGGUUGUCGCGUAUGUACCCAAACCGAAGAUAGUUGUAGUACCCGAUUGUGAAAUUUAUCAGGAAAACUUAGUAGAACGUAAGCAUCACCGUUUAUCGCGAUCAGCAAGAGCCGGAACUUCAGACAGGGAUGUAAAACCGAAUGCAAUUGCCCGAGACACUCUUAACUCAAUAGUUUACCGCUAUUCGCCGACCAACCCACUCAACAGUGAAGAACAAGAUAUUAUUUGGAAGUAUCGAUUCUAUCUUAGCAGUCACAAAAAAGCCUUGACGAAAUUCCUAAAGUGCGUCAAUUGGGAAACGGCAACAGAAGUUCGGCAAGCUUUAACAUUGCUCGAAUGUUGGGCACCGAUGGAUGUAGAAGACGCGCUUGAACUAUUAAAUUCCACUUUUCGUCAUCCCGUGGUCAGAUGGUAUGCCAUUACCAGACUAAACGAGGCUUCUGAUGAGUAUCUAUUACUAUAUUUACUUCAACUCGUGCAAGCUUUAAAAUAUGAAGCUGUAGAUGAUACCAGCAAAAUUCAUGAGGAAUGUUUUUCCGAGGUAAAGCCAAUUUUUCAAACAUUUGAAGCCUCAAGUGACACCAAUUCUUACGUUGAAGAAUCGUUGGAAAAUAAAGGUAUACAAAGGAGUAGAAGAAACGUCAAUCACUUGGCAGCAUUUUUAAUAAAACGAGCCUGCAAAAAUCCGAUUCUUGCUAAUUAUCUUUACUGGUAUCUGACAAUUGAGUGUGAAGACGAAAAGAGUAGCAAAAAAGAUGUUAAAAAUCAAGAGAUGUACCUUAACGUGCUCCGAGACUUUCUAUCAAUUUUGUAUAACGGUACGGCUGAAAUGAAAAUAAUGCAUGUCCAAUUAAAAGAACAGCAACAUUUCGUUGAUCGACUUGUUACACUGGUUAAGGUUGUUGCUAAGGAGUCUGGCAAUCGGAAACGAAAAACAGAAAAAUUCCAACAGUUUCUUAUCGAGUCAAAUUCGUCAAGUUCGGCUAAAAUAAACUUCAACCAAUUUGGGCCGAUAAUCUUUCCUCUUGAUCCAAAUAUUCAAAUUGUUGGAAUAGUACCCGAAAAGGUGUCUUUGUUCAAGAGUGCACUCAUGCCUUCAAAGAUAACAUUUCGUACUACUACUGGUAUAGAAUACGAUGCUAUCUUCAAGCAUGGUGACGAUUUACGACAGGAUCAACUUAUAUUACAAAUGAUUACGUUAAUGGAUAAAUUACUCCAGAAAGAAAACCUCGACCUUAAACUAACCCCUUAUCGAGUGCUUGCAACAAGUUCAAGGCACGGUUUUAUGCAGUACAUUGAUUCGGUCACUGUUGCGGAUGUUCUUAACAGCGAAGGUAGCAUCCACAAUUACUUUCGCAAAUACAAUCCUUGCGAAACAGGUCCUUUCGGAAUCAUGCCUGAAAUUAUGGAUACUUAUAUUAAAAGCUGUGCCGGCUAUUGCGUUAUAACGUACCUCCUCGGGAUCGGAGAUAGGCACUUGGACAACCUGCUGCUAACGACGACGGGAAAAUUGUUCCACAUUGAUUUUGGAUACAUCCUCGGUCGUGACCCGAAACCAAUGCCUCCGCCAAUGAAACUGAGCAAGGAAAUGGUGGAUGCAAUGGGAGGAAUCAGCUCCGAAUAUUACCACGCUUUCCGCAAACUUUGCUACACAGCGUUUUUGCACUUACGUCGACAUGCGAACGUAAUGCUCAAUCUCUUUGGGUUAAUGGUAGACGCUUCCGUUCCGGACAUUGCGCUAGAGCCGGAUAAAUCAGUGAAGAAAGUGGAGGAUAAUCUAAGGCUCGACCUCAGCGACGAAGAAGCAGUUCAGCAUUUACAAAAUCUUCUUGAUAUUUCAAUAACAGCUGUUAUGCCCGCACUGGUUGAACAAAUACACAAAUUAGCGCAGUAUUGGCGUAAAUAAUAAAACAAUAUGAGCAAUAAAUAAUAAACAACAAUAAAUAAUAACAAAAUGUAUCGAUUUAUUGUAGAAACAUUGAUCACUUUACAAUAAAAAGAAUCGCAUAGCACGACUUACAAU